AUGAUCCUAGACCCGUCGCUUCCGACGCCCUCCACGGCGAGCGUCUUCAUCCGCCCGCGAGCCGUGGUGGUCAACUUAGGCGCGUUGUAUACACCGGUCCCCAUACGACCGCGUCGGCGUGGUGAACGCCGUUCCUUAAGGACUUUUCCCGGCGCAUCUCUCCGCCCAGCCCUCGCUCUCAGUCCCCGCCCCCCUCGACGCCUUUCAACUCCGCUUCUGACGCCUUUCAACUCCCCCCCGACGUCGCUUUGUAUGGAACGACCCUCAGAGCACGUCAAGAUGAUCGUCGUGUCCACGCACGCGUUGCUUUUCACCUCCGCGGAGCCGGACGCGCACGUCCGACGGUUCGUCGCGCUGCUGAAGCGGCAGCUCGCGCCGCCGGGAGCGGGAGGAGGAGGAGAAGAGUGCGGGUCCCCGAGGGAGGGUCAGACGCCGGCGUGGACGCCGAGCGGGGGCGCGCGUCGGACGCGAUCGGAACCCGCGCCCGAGACGCUGACGCGCCCGCCGACGCGGUCGCCGUCGAAGCCGACGCCGUUCGCGCCCGUGCCCGCGCCGCAACCGCCGCCUUCGCGGACGUCCACGCCGCCGCCGUUGUCGCGGAUGUACUCGCUCGAGUCUGGAAUGGACGACAUCCUCGACGCGGCGAAGUGCGCCGAAUACGACGCCGCCGCCGCCGCCGCCGCCGCCGCCGCCGCCGCCGCCGACGACGACGACGAUCUCGACGACUCGCGAACGUUCCCGACGACGGACAUCCUCGGCCUGAAACACGACAUCGCGCACGACCUGCGCGUCCUCGACCUUCCUUUCGAACUCAGGGUCAUCGAGGCUGCGCUGCACGACGUCUGCCAGCGUCUCCUCGACGAGACGACGAUGCUGGAACGCGACGCGUCCCCGGCGUUGGAACGUCUCGCGGACCACGUGACGCGGCGGUCGCUCGAGCGCGUGCGGUCGGUCAAGGCGCGUCCUCCUCACACUGGUCCCCAUACGACCCCGUCCGCGUGGUGA